AUGGGCUGCCUUCAGUCGAAGACGAGCAAUGUUCAGUCGCCCGACGUGGAGUCCCUUAAAGGCGACAAGCCAGAUCUGCGUACGCGCAUUCCUCCUGUAUCUUCGCGUUUGGCUUAUAUCUUCCUCAUUUUUCUUCGAUCCUUUGUUGAUUGGCGCAUCUUUCUCGUUAUUUUUUCUGGCUUGCUGACGGCAGAGAACGGGGAGGCGGAGAGAGCGGCGGUGCCGGCGUUUAAGGAGUUCGGCCUGGCGGAGCUGCGGGCGGCGACCAACGGGUUCAGCGGCGAGCUCAUCGUCUCUGAGAGCGGGGAGAAGGCCCCCAACGUCGUCUACCGCGGACGUCUCGAUGCCAACCGCUUCGUCGCCAUCAAGCGCUUCUCUAAGCAGUCCUGGCCUGAUGCCCAGCAGUUCGUGGUCAGCUCUCUCUCUCUCUCCGCCCUGUGCCAGAUCGAGACGCCAUUUCCAUCUCCUUUGGUUGGGCCAUUUGUUCCUUCUUCAGAAUCUUUCUUCCUGGAAAUUUCUAAUUGCCGGAAGAGUUUGGGUGGUAGGCGGAGGCGGCCGGAGUGGGCAAGGUGCGGCACAAGAGGCUGGUUAACCUGAUAGGAUGCUGCGCCGAGGGCGACGAGCGCCUCCUGGUCGCCGAGUACAUGCCCAACGACACCCUCUCUAAGCACCUCUUCCACUGUACGGACCUUCUGGAGAUCUCUCUCUCUCUCUCUCUCUCUCUCUCUCUCUCUCUCUCUCUCUCUCUCUCUCUCUCUUUCUCGCCAUGAUUUUGUCUCUCUCUCCUUGCUAUUCCAUUCCCCGGCAACUAUCGUGGGCUUCCUGAUCGCUAGAACAGUGGAUCAUCCGAUCUUGAAGCCCUCAACUUUAGUCUCUCUUUUAGUUACUAGCGAUAGCAGGAAGCAGGAAGAUCGUCGGGACAGCAGAUCUUAGUCGUGGCUCCCCGGCUCAUUGCUGUCUUCGUGGCCGCCUCCACGGGGUUCUGCACAGAUUGGAACGACCUUCUCUCCUUUCCAUUUCUGUAAAAUAGUCCGAAGUCGGUCAAACUCAUCGGCAACGGAAGUAACUCCUCUUAACUGCAAGUAACGGCAUCUGAUACUCUGACUUUUGUUUCAAGCUCGAAGUAACGGCAUCUCCUCCGCCUUGAGUUUGUUAAUGAGGCCUUUCAUUGGGCUUUCCCUCAGUUUUUUUCAGACCAUUAUUAGAAAGUGGGAAUAAGUCAACUCCUGUGUGUCAGUGAAGGUCAACGCUGAAGAUUUCGCUCGUUUCUCAGGGGACAAGCAGCCUCUGCCUUGGGAAAUGCGUGUCCGGGUGGCGCUCCACAUCGCACAAGUGCUCGACCAUUGCAACAGCGAGAACCGGAGGAUCUACCACGAUCUGAAUGCUUAUCGAGUUCUCUUUGAUGAGGUAUGAUCCCUCGCAUGUUUCCACUAUAAAUUUCUACAUUAUAGUGAUGAUUUGAAUUCGGUCUCUCAUGCUCAUGAUACUCAUUCAAGCAUCAUCUUUGUUAAUUCUAUGUUCAUCAUUAUAUUCUUAUGAUUUUUGAUAAAUUCCUUUUUAUGUUCUAUAUCAAGAUCAAGCCCCCGAUCCCGUUUCUCUCUGAUGAAAAGAUUGAUCGUGGUUUUUAACGUUUGCUCCAUGGGCCUGCCGUUCCAUUUCAUCACUCUUUUCAUGGCCCAGAUGCAUAUUUUUCUCCUUACAUCCGAUGACUUUCUUAUCCAUCUAAGUUGACUUGUAUUCCUUUUGAAUGCUGGAUCAUUUACAUUGCGCCCGUUAAUUCUUUCAUAAUUUGUGAUAGAUUUUGAUGGUCACAGGCUGGGCAUUUUUUCUAUGGAAUCAUUUAUCCCGGAGAAAACUGAAAAGAACCCUAAUUUUUGUCUCCACCAGUCAUGAUCUCUAGAAAAUAAAUUGCCAAUUUUAUUUUCUCUGUAUAAAGUCUGUCCUGUGAUCGAUUGAGCUCCUCCACUGGGGAUUCAACGUGUCCAUAUAUUUAGAUUUUUGCUCGUGCACAGGUUCUUUAGCUCUGAUAAGCGUAUUUACCCACAGGAUGGUGAUCCUCGCUUGUCAAGCUUCGGUCUUAUGAAAAAUAGCAGAGAUGGGAAAAGCUACAGCACCAAUUUAGCCUACACACCUCCAGAGUUCUUGCGCACAGGUCAGCGUUUGACUUUUUAGGUUUCCCAAAUUAUCUCUGUUUGACAUUAAAUAUAACUCUCUCUCUCUCUCUCUAUACAUAUGUGUGCAUAGUUGUACAUCAUCUCUGCUAUAAUUCUGGGUAGUAUUCUGUGGUGCUGCAGGCAGAGUCAUUCCAGAGAGUGGCAUCUACAGCUAUGGGACAGUUCUAUUGGACCUUUUGAGUGGCAAACAUAUACCUCCCAGCCAUGUACAUUUCCUCCUACCUUGGUCAUUAUUUAGGAGGAGUUCCGUAUCUUUUGCCUUGCAUAUAUCUCAUAUAUGAUUUGCUGCAUUUUUUUUUCUCCCAAAGACUAUGCAUGCGACUAUUUUCGUUAUUUAUUCAUCUUUAUCCAUUUAAAUUUUUCUGGGUUGAAGAUUCAUUAAACUCAUUCAUAUACAGUUGGAAUCGUAUUCUCUUAGGAAAGCACUCUUCGUCUCUUAGGAAACCAAGUUUUCGUCUGUGUGGAUUCUUAUAUCCACCAUUUUCUAUAUAAAUGAGGACAUUGAUGAUUGAAUGGUUAACAAUUUGAGAAUGCGUAAUGUGCCGUGGGCCAUUCAUUCUGUGUUUCUGAUUUCGGCUGGAAUUGGGAACGCCCAAUCGGAUCUCUCUUUUGGGCACCUGAUUUUAUUUGCUAUAAAAAAUCACAUUAUCCACUCUAAUUGGGCAAUUUCGUCUGAAAACUGGCCUGAAAAAGUGCUGAUUUUGGGUUUUUUGAUGGAGAAAAAAUCCAGAUUUUUAUAAAAUUAGUUUGAUGAAGACAUCAUAUGCACCUAUAUCUCAGGUUACUAGUCAUAACUGUGUGCGAGUGGCCCAAAUCUAUAGAGAAAAAUCCCUGAUAUGGUGCUACUAAUCUUUUCAUUGAAUGCUGUUUUACGACGGAUAAGUCUCAUCCAAAAAAAAAAAAACCAAGAAAUAACCUUUAUUCGUAAACAUGCUUCAAAUAUAAUACCGAUAAAUAUAUGCAUUGUGUUUAAUGAGUUUAUAUAUAUAUAUAUUAAUUUUAUCAGUCCAUUUGGCGACCAUACUUGGAAUUCUUCUGCAUGCUUCAUGGAGGCCAUCAUCUGGGGAUCCUUUUUCCGGAACAUUACCUUCAUCUCUGCAUUCUCAUGGGCGUUUUCUUCCUCAGGCGCUUGAUCUAAUCAGAGGGAAGAACAUAUUGCUUCUACUGGACUCCUCCCUGGAGGGCCAGUAUGCCAACGAAGACGCCACCAAGCUGGUGGAGCUUGCUUCGAAGUGCCUCCAGUCAGAACCCCGGGACAGACCCAGCUUCAAGUUUCUCGCCGCCGCCGUAUCUCCCCUGCAGAAACAGACGGAGGUAGAUUUAAUUUAACUUAAUUUGAUUUUAGUCGAUAUUUUUUAUUUGGCAGAAAUUUCUGUUGAUAAUAUGGUAGCCCUUUUUGGUGUAAUUUAUAUUUACCGUUGGAUUUAAUCUGAGUUUUUAUUUCAACAAAAUCCAAUUUUUGGGUGGGCGGGGGGGGGGUGGGGUGGCGUGCAGGUGGCGUCUCAUGUUCUGAUGGGAAUAACGAAGACAGCAGUGGUUCUUCCGACCAUGCUGUCUCCCCUUGGGAAGGCCUGUGCGAGGAUGGACCUCACCGCCGUCCAUGAUAUCCUCCUGAAGACGGGCUACAGGGAUGAGGAAGGAGCCGAGAAUGAGGUUGGUGGUGCAGCUGGUUUUCUUGCCAUUUAUAGCCUCCUGGGCACCUCCUCUCUGAGUCAUUCGACUGUUUUGGCUGGGUGAUGCAGCUGUCUUUCCAAGAGUGGACUCAGCAAGUGCAGGAGAUGCUGAACACGAAGAAGUUCGGGGACAUCGCCUUCAGAGAUAAGGACUUCAAGAGCGCCAUUGAUUACUAUUCCAAGGUCUGGUUCUCUCCCUCUCUCUCUCUCUCUUCUGGGGGUGGGAGGUGGCGGUGCUGAUCUUGUUUCUGUGGGGGCGCAGCUGGUGGGGAUGAUGUCGGUGCCUUCGGCCACCGUCUUUGCCAGGCGGGGGCUGUCCUACUUGAUGAACGGGCAGCCGGAGCUCGCCCUCCGGGACGCCAUGCAGGCGCAGGUCUGCAUGCCGGAGUGGCCAACGGCAUUCUACCUGCAGGCUCUCGCCCUCUCUAAGCUCGGCAUGGAGACCGACGCACAGGACAUGCUCAACGACGGCGCCGCCUUCGAGGCGAGGAAGCAGACCGGCUAUCGGCUCCUGUGA